GAGGGAGGGAAACCCCGUAGUACAACACAACAGCGCCAUUCGGUAACUGUUACUGCAACAGUAUCCAAAAUGGCAGGAGCUGAUGGAGACGAUUCUCUCUACCCUAUCGCAGUUCUCAUUGAUGAACUGCGAAAUGAGGAUGUUCAGUUGCGACUGAACAGCAUCAAGAAGCUGUCCACUAUUGCUUUGGCCCUUGGUGUAGAGAGGACUCGCACUGAACUCCUUCCUUUCCUCACAGACACCAUCUAUGAUGAAGAUGAGGUGCUCUUGGCCUUGGCUGAGCAACUUGGCAAUUUCACCAUGUUGGUGGGAGGGCCAGAGUAUGUCCACUGUCUCCUGCCGCCUCUGGAGAGCCUAGCAACAGUGGAGGAGACUGUAGUCAGAGAUAAAGCCGUGGAGUCUCUGCGGAAGAUCUCUCAGGAGCACUCUCCAGUUGACCUGGAGGUCCAUUUUGAGCCCUUGGUCAAGCGAUUGGCCAGUGGUGACUGGUUCACUUCUCGCACAUCUGCCUGUGGCCUCUUUAGCGUCUGUUAUCCCCGUGUCUCCAGCACGGUCAAGGCUGAGAUCCGCCAGCAUUUCCGCACUUUGUGCUCAGAUGACACUCCUAUGGUGCGCCGUGCUGCAGCAUCUAAACUGGGGGAGUUUGCCAAAGUCCUGGAGCUGGAUUAUGUAAAAAGUGACAUCAUUUCCCUCUUCACUGCUCUGGCCUCUGAUGAGCAGGACUCCGUGCGGCUGCUUGCAGUGGAAGCUUGUGUCAGCAUUGCCACUCUGCUGCCUCAGGAGGACCUGGAGACCCUUGUGAUGCCAACCCUGCGCCAGGCUGCAGAGGACAAGUCCUGGAGGGUUCGCUACAUGGUGGCUGACAAGUUCUCUGAGCUCCAGAAAGCAGUGGGUCCAGAGAUCACCAAGAACGAUCUGGUCCCGGCCUUCCAGAAUCUCUUGAAGGACUGUGAAGCUGAGGUUCGUGCCGCAGCAGCCAACAAAGUCAAAGAAUUCUGUGAGAACCUCCCAGAGGACAAUCGUGAGCAAAUCAUCAUGACUCACAUUCUGCCGUGCGUCAAGGAACUUGUUUCAGACACCAACCAGCAUGUGAAGUCAGCCCUCGCCUCAGUCAUUAUGGGCCUUUCGACCAUCCUGGGCAAGGACAACACAAUAGAGCACUUACUGCCUCUUUUCCUGGCUCAGCUCAAGGACGAGUGCCCUGAGGUGCGUCUCAACAUCAUUUCCAACCUAGACUGUGUGAAUGAGGUGAUUGGCAUCCGUCAGCUCUCCCAGUCUCUGCUGCCGGCCAUUGUGGAGCUAGCAGAGGACGCAAAGUGGAGGGUCCGCCUAGCCAUCAUAGAGUACAUGCCCCUGUUGGCAGGCCAGCUGGGAGUGGAAUUCUUCGACGAGAAGCUCAACACUCUUUGUAUGGCCUGGCUUAUUGACCAUGUGUAUGCCAUCCGUGAGGCAGCUACCUGUAACCUCAUGAAGCUGGUGGAGAAGUUCGGAGCCGAGUGGGCUCAGAACACCAUCGUGCCCAAAGUGCUGGGCAUGGCCAAUGACCCCAAUUACCUGCACAGGAUGACCACUCUAUUCUGCAUCAACGCUUUGUCAGAGGCUUGUGGCCAGGACAUCACCACUAAGCAGAUGCUACCAGUGGUCCUCAAGAUGUCCAAUGACCAGGUGGCCAACGUACGCUUCAAUGUGGCCAAGUCCCUUCAGAAGAUCGGCCCCGUCCUCGACAGCAAUGCCCUUCAAACAGAAGUGAAGCCAGUGCUGGAGAAACUGGCCACAGACACAGACAUGGAUGUCAAGUACUUUGCCCAGGAGGCUAUCAGUGUUCUGGCCCUGGCAUAACCAACCCAACACGGCUAAACCAGACAACCACCCGAAACAACACCGCAACACUUUUACAAGAUAUUUAUUGAUGUUCAGGAACAACUGGUAAAUGUAUAGAGAAAGCUGUUAACAAUUGUUUUAUCCUUUUUUUUUUUUUUUUUUUUUUUUCUUUUCUCUGUUUUUUUCUUCUUCUUUUUUUUCCUUUUUUUUUUGACUGUACAAUGGUAGUCCAUGUCCAGGCAUAGCACAGGCUUCUUUGUUAACCUUCCGCUUUGCUGUAAAUGGGUGCUUUAACAAAGGCAAAAUGUGAUGAAAUUGCAUUAAGUGGUGCAUGCUGACUAAUGUGCUACUGUACUAGCUAGGCAUCGCUAAUCACAACCCCUCUCACAUUCCUCCCUUUUUACAUCCUUGGCCACUGUUGUACUUUAGCCACAGUCAUCACAGCAUACCACAUGUCUAUGUUCGCUACUCAGUGCCCAGCGCCGUGCUAGCUCUCUGCACUUUUCUCCCAGUGCUAGACUUAAACUUUGAGCAGCAGAUGGUGCAACAAGCUGUUUAUUUUGCUGAGCUUCCUCUCGAAUCAGCCCUUUGAUCGCUCUCUUUUCCCAGAGACACUGAUGUGGCUACCCAGAGAAGUGAUUGAAAGGUCUGUGCGGGUCUAUAAGGCAGUCUCUUUUUGCACCAGACCAAACCUGUUGUGUCUCUUAAAUGCUUCACAGGGUUUUUCUGUACAACGAAAUAAUGGGGGUGUCCAUUACUGCAUGUAAUCUGAUGAACUCUCUCAUUGAUUGCAUGUACUAAUCAAUCUCAAAUAGUGUCCUUUCCCAACUCCAUCUACCAGACUAACCUUUCCCUCUACACAGUUUGUUCUCUGCAGCAACACAGAUUGAAUUGGUCAAACAAAUGAAUUACCUCGACCCAAAGUAAUAGGGACCAGCUCAGUCGUAAAGUGUUGCUUAUAAUUAUCCCUACUCCAAAUCCUCGGUGAUUUUGUUGAUGUACAAGGGUGGGAAAAGUAGUGUGUCAGUUGCGAUUUUAUUCUGCAGUAUGCUCUCGGCAUUGCUCUUAAUUUUUGUGCCAAUGACUUUGAUCAGCGGUGGUGUUUUCUUUUAGUAUGCCUGGGUAAACAGUUUUCACCUGUCCUGUUCUGUAAAGAGACGUUCUUUUCUGUAAGGGACACUUUUCCUUGGACGUUUAAUGGGAUGGUAAAACUAAAUUGACUACAGCUAUCAGGUUCGUUGGAUUUAUGAAACCGCGGCACUCCUUGUGUCCUCGAGCCACCUAGUUUCCCCAUAAGUCUAUGCUAAGUCCUCCACUGUGUAUGAGAUUUAGAAGCAUAAGGUCAGUGUACGAUGCUUGCUAGUGGAUCCAUACACGAUGGAGAACAAGUGCAUGCUUUCAAAGAAAGUGGGAUGGGGGACAUCGAGCAUGUGUAUGUAAGACUGCAUAAUGUUUUAUUAUGGGGUGGGAGCUGGGAUGGUUAUGGGCGGGUUGAAUAAAUGUAUCGUCUGUGUUGAAAAAAGAAACUUUUGUCUUUCCCUGAACUACUCCCGCUGUUCCCUCCUUCCCCCUCCCCUCUCAUUUUGUUCUCUUGAAUAAACCUUGAUUGUUGAUUGUCCUGUA